CUUCACGGACGCAAGAGUUGCCUGCAAGUUAAUCACGGACAAUAUGGCGAAGCACACACUGGUGAAGAUUUGUCGCUUCCUGUCCAUUCUCAUGAUAAUGUUGAAGCUGGCGAAUGGAAAUUAUGAAAUUAGACUGGUCAAUGGUGACACAAAUGAGCUUCAUUCUAACGGACGUUUGGAGGUGUUUUACAACGGCGAGUGGGGGACAGUGUGUGAUGAUAUGUUUACCGAUCUCACAGCAGCUACUCUCUGUGGGUUUCUUGGUUACAGCCGUGGUUACUUCGCUUGGAACUCCGCGUUCGGAAGAGGGACGGGGCCGAUCUGGUUGGACAAUGUGGUAUGUUCAGGAACAGAGACUAAUAUAGAUCAGUGUGAUCACAUCCCUUGGGGCUCGAAUAACUGUGACCACGACGAGGAUGUGGGUUUGAUGUGCUCAAACCUGCCAAUACUUUCAGAACUUUAUGAACUGAAACUCAUUAACGGUGAAGAAACAGCUACCUCUCUUUCCGGACAAUUGGAAGUUUUCUUCGGUGGUGUGUGGGGGCCAGUCUGUGGAGACAACGUCAACGAGGUCACAGCAGUUUCUCUCUGCAGAUUUUUGGGUUACAGCCGUGGCUAUCGUGCAGCGAACGCCGUAUUUGGGGAACCAACUAAUCUCUUCUGGUUGGACAACUUGAUGUGUUCAGGGAACGAGACUACUAUAUCCGAGUGUACAUUUAACAAGCCUUGGAGAAACAAUGAUCGUUGUAAGGAGAGGAAUGGCUUGGGUUUGGUGUGCACAAACUUGUCAGAAGUUUCAGAAACUUAUGCCGUACGACUGGUCGAUGGUCACAAAACGACAACCAGGCUGAGCGGACGCCUGGAAGUUUUUUAUGGUGGUGUAUGGGGGACAGUGUCACAUUGUUACAACAACGCCAACGAGCUUACAGCAGUUACUUUCUGUGGAUUCUUUGGAUACAGGGAUGGCACUUACUGGAAUACCUUUUUUUCUGGAGCAGGGACCGGGGUCGUCUGGCUGAACAACGUUAUCUGUGCUGGCAACGAAACGGAUAUAUCUAAAUGCUCUCACGGACCUUGGGGAAGCAGUAACUGUAGCCACAGCCGUGACCUAUGGUUGUCCUGCUCAGGCCCAACAAGAUGCUCCAUCAAUGGAACCCCUUAUAAUGACGGGGAGGUGGAUCCAAAUGCUUCCUGCAGAGUAUGCGACAGUGCACGGGACCCGUCUGAAUUUACCCUUAUGUCACAAAAAUGCUUUGUCAAUGACGUUUGCUAUGACGAAGGGGAUGAGGACCCUAAUGAUCCUUGCAAAAAGUGCAUCAGUGCAAUCAGCACAACGAGCUUCAGUCCCAUCAGUGGCUGCUCCAUUAAUGGCGUGUGCUAUGCGGACAAGGCGAUGAAUCCUGACAAUACCUGUGAACAGUGUGACGUCAGCGUGAGCGCGUCACAUUGGUCAUCCGCUCUGCACGAGUUGAAAAAUGGUAGGACCAUAACUUGUUCGAGAUUUUGUGACUUCAUUCGUCUCCAAGGUGCUAGUCUCAUCUCAGAUGUUUGUUCCAACCCGGUUUCCGUAAGUACAAAGAACUUCCGGGACAUCUGUUUUAUGAAGGAUACGUCGUCUCUACACUGCCCAGCGGGAGGAAUAACGCUGACCAAGUACAAGGCCAUGUGUAGUCACACCACCGCUAGCGGAGCUUCAGCAGACGCAGUGGUUUGUCCAUAG